UAGUACUCGCCACUAAAAGAAACGACGAAGAGUAGGAAACGAAGAAGACGACAAUCUCAGACGAAGUAGAAGUUCCUCGAUGAAAGCGUAAAAUGUCGAUCGUUUUUGUGCCCCAGAGACUUCGCGGUACCGCCAAAAUCAACCAGGAAACCAUACAGAGGCUGCUGGACGAAAACGACCAGUUUAUACGAUGCAUUGUCGAGUACAUGCACAAGGGACGAGCCGUGGAGUGUGUCAAGUACCAGCAAUUCCUGCACCGUAACAUCGUGUACCUGGCAACCCUGGCUGACGCCAGCCCACCAGACAACGUGCCUUCCUCCUCCUCCUCGUCUUGGCCAACUUCCGACCAAAGCUCCACCGUCAUGCAGCCGAGCGCCAAUGAAGAAAGUUGAUACUGACCCUAGAUGUAUUAUUAUUUAUGUCAUGCCACAUCCUUCUGCCUCAUUAGAUUUAUUUUGCACAUCAUUUGAAGGAGCAUCGGGGUCACACUGAAAUGAUUUAGUUGAAAUGGUACAAGAAUGUCACUUUACCCGAAUAAAGUCAUGAUUAUGUGAAGAAAAAUGUUUCUAUUUGAAUGGAACUCAAUUUGUAAUAUUAGUGUUAAGAUUACAGGGGCUCAAAUGUUAUUUUAACAGAAUAAAAUGAGACAAGUAAUUAUCUUGUCAUGUUUACAGGAGAAAAAAAAACAUUUUAUAAAUCAGUAUGGUUGAGGAAAUUUUUAAAGGCAUCAUUUUCAACAUUUUCAUAAGUAUGUAGUUAAUAUUUUCCAGGUAUGAUGUCACUAACAUUCAAGAAUAAAACAGAAAACAAACAAAUGAA